AUGUCGUCCAUUAAGUCUGUCCCAGUCACCAACUCUCUCUUCAACCGUAACUCUUCAGGUCGACGAAACUCCAUCAGCUCGAAGCAGUGCCUCACUGUCGAGAUCCCACCUCGGCGUGUGUCCGCCUUCUCUACUUCAUCCUCGGAUACCUCUCCUUCGUCCCUAACUAGUUCGGAGGAUACAGAGUCUAGAUUCUCUGCCUUAGUUCGAAUCCUGUCCUCUCCACCGAACAUACUCGACUCGAUAAUGACAGGGAUGGAUCUAGAAGACUACAGUGCCAAUGGCGAUGCUUGGUCAUACUUCCCUCAUGACCAUGCUCGCUCAAGAGCCUAUCGUUGGGGAGAAGAUGGCCUUGCGGGUUUCUCCGACGAUAAAGGCAUACUUUGUUGGAGUCUUGGGCUUUGGAACGGCAAAGAUGGGAUCCUCAAAGAGAGACUCUUCGGAGUUACCGGCCAUGAGGGUAACCACGGUGAAGAUGUGAAAGAACUCUACUAUUACCUUGAUUCUACUCCCACUCACUCUUACAUGAAAUUUUUGUACAAAUAUCCCCAACGUAAGUUCCCUUACGAGGAGCUGGUUGCAAAAAACACGUCCCGCACUAGGGAUGACGAAGAGUUUGAGCUUAUGGACACAGGUAUUCUGGAUGAAGACCGUUACUGGGAUGUUUUCGUUGAGUACGCCAAAGACGCCGAUGACCCCGAGGAUAUUUUUAUUAGGAUUAUCGCUUACAAUCGCGGUCCCGAGAGCGCCGAUUUGCACAUCCUCCCCCAACUCACCUUCUCCAAUUCAUGGUCUUGGUCCAAUCCUGAAAGCUCCCGACCUUCACUUUCAGCAUUGUCAUCCAACACAAUCUUGGGGGAUCAUCCGACCCUUGGUCGUCGAUACUUCCACUGCAUCUCCUCUCCCCCACCCGCCGACGUCGGCGCGGACGAAGAAAUCACCCCCGACUUGAUCUUCACGGAGAACGACACAAAUUUCGUGCGUCUCUACGACGGGGAAAACGCUUCCUCAUAUGUCAAGGAUGGUUUUCAUGACCACAUCAUCCCUUCCCAUCGUAUGGAGGAUGACACAUCCUCCUAUGUGAAUCCGGAUAAGAAGGGAACUAAAUCAGGCGCUCACUAUGUUUUCAAGGAUGUUCCACCAAAUGGUGGCUGCGCUGUGGUGCGUCUCAAAUUAACUCGGAAGUCAAUAGAGGAGGACACUACUGCUAAGGAUGAGGAGCUAUUUGACGGUGUCAUUGAGGCGCGGAAGGCUGAGGCAGACGAUUUCUACGACGUGAUCGCUGGAUCUGUGGCAUCUCAUGACUUGCGCAAUAUCACUCGCCAGGCGCUGGCCGGAAUGCUUUGGUCCAAGCAAUUUUACCAAUUUAAGUAUUCGGAAUGGAUCAAAGGCGACCCAUCUCAGCCUCCCCCUCCUCCUGAGAGGAAAUUCGUCAGGAACCAAGCGUGGCGUCACAUCCAUGUCGCAGAUGUUUUGUCUAUGCCCGACAAAUGGGAAUACCCAUUCUUCGCCGUAUGGGACACCGCUUUCCAUUGCAUCUCUCUUGCGGUGGUGGAUCCCGAAUUUGCGAAGAACCAACUUCUACUCUUUACGAGGGAUUGGUAUAUGAAAGCAGAUGGUGAAAUUCCAGCAUAUGAAUGGAACUUCUCUGACGUGAAUCCUCCCGUUCAUGCCUGGUCUGCCUUCAGGGUAUUCAAAAUCGAGCGCCAGCUGCGUGGUGUAGGCGACACGGAAUUCUUGAAGACAAUCUUCCUCAAACUUAUGAUUAACUUCACAUGGUGGGUCAACAGGAAAGAUACGGAUGGGAAAAACGUCUUUGAAGGUGGCUUCCUGGGACUUGACAACAUCGGAGCGUUCAAUCGGUCUGAGCCGCUCCCUAAUGGUGGCACACUUCGCCAGGCCGAUGGGACCGCAUGGAUGGCAUUCUAUUGCUUGAACAUGCUCAACAUCGCCCUUGAACUUGCGAAAGAGGAUAAAACGUAUGAGGAUAUUGCGUCAAAGUUCUUCGAGCAUUUCAUAAGCAUUUCAGAUGCUAUGGCAUAUGAUGGGGAGGAUCACGACUCCUCGUUGUGGAAUGAUGACGAGGAAUUUUACUUCGACGCAAUUCAGUGGCACGAAGGGACUCCCCAGCAGAUUCCAGUUCGGUCGCUGGUUGGCUUGAUCCCUUUAUAUGCUACCUUGACCCUUGAACCUUCGGUCAUGGAACGCUUUCCCAAUUUCAAAGAACGGCUAGAACGAUUCGUCAAUAUCCGACCUGAGGUAUCGCAACGUAACAUGCAUGGUACAAAUAGUGUGGGUUCCGGGGAGAGGAUUCUUUUAGCAUUGGCGGGAAGGGAACGCCUUCAAAAGAUCCUUCAAAGGAUGUUAGACACAACGGAGUUCCUGAGUGAUCAUGGCAUCCGAUCCCUUUCAAAGUAUCAUGAGAAGAAUCCCUUCUCUAUGCAGGUCAACGGAGAGAAAUUCGAAGUACAUUACUGGCCAGGCGACUCCAAAUCCGGGAUGUUUGGUGGUAAUUCUAACUGGAGGGGACCAAUCUGGCUAGCGACGAAUUUCCUUUUGAUAGAGUCGUUACAGCGCUUCCACCAAUAUUACGGGGACACGUUCCAGAUCGAGUGUCCCACAGGCAGCGGAAACUUGAUGGAUCUUUCGAGCGUCGCAAAGGAGAUUCGCCGUCGCAUCAUAAGCAUCUUCGCCCAUGAGGGUGGUUGCCGACCCACGAAUGGAGGGCAUGAGAAGCUAGACAAGGAUCAUCAUUUCCGUGAUCUUGUGCUUUUCCACGAAUUCUUCCACGGCGAUACGGGUCGGGGGCUGGGGGCCUCUCACCAAACUGGCUGGACUGGUCUGGUUGCCUAUCAUAUCAUGCAGUCCGCUGAUACUAGGCCAACCCCUCGGACUCCCAAGAGUUUCGCCUCACAUUACUUCCACGACAAUAUUAAUACUCCUUCAGAGGAGAAAGAGUUCUCAGGGGAAUCCAUUUUAUUGAAGCCCACACGCCACAUCGCUCAUGCACUGCAGGACGUCUCUCCCAACGCAUUGUAG